CAAGCUUUGCUGUUUUGAUUUUUCCGUGUAUGCUUGGAAAAUUACAGGCAAUAGUCGACAAACGUCUUUCUAGAAACGCAGGCUGAAAGUAGAUGCCUCACAUAAUAAACCAAAAGACAUUUUCAAACAUUUAAAUAUUGACCUAGGGGAUACUCAUACCGCCUUAGGUUGCUGAAGCGGGUCAUUUAGUCUGUAUUCAUGCAUGUUACUUUUGCUUGAGUUGUUUUUUAUCCUCAUAAGUAUUUCGAAUGGAGAAAAUGAUUAUUUACAUCUUCGGGUGAUAAAUCCAUCUACUCUGCCGUUUACAUAUCGCUUAAGUCCUGGUCAAAUAGGACCCCAUUUUAAUACAACAUUUACGUCCACGUCAUUAGUGCUAACAGAACCUCCUCACGCAUGUGAGCUGGUAAGUAAUGCACAUGAAGUGAAUCGAAAUAUUGCUCUCAUAAUUCGUGGAGGUUGUAGUUUCGUCACGAAAGCUAUUAAUGCUCACGUUGCCGGUGCAGUUGCUGUGAUUGUUUAUGAUUUUAACCGCAAGGCUAUCCACACAUUUAGCAUGAUUCAGGACGAUACUUCCAGACGUGUGCAGAUACCAUGUGCGUUUAUGAAUGGAAAAGAUGGGCAUUCAAUAACCACUGCUUUGGAUAAUUUAAAUCUAACAAAAGCAUUAGUUGAUUUUCCUGUUAAUGUUUCUGUGGUUCCAGUAUAUCACUUACGUUUAACUCCAUGGACAUUAUGGUGAAGAAUAAAAUAUACAUUCAACCUUAUUUGCUUCU